AUGAAUCACGUGCCCUUGUGCCAACUCAAAUUCUGUCCAAAGUGUCGUCUAGAUUUCCGUUUUUUCUUUCCUUAAAUUCUCUGUUUUUCUACUUUUUAAAAGAAAUCGAAGCAAUUCUUAACACGAAGAAACCAGAAGAGAUCUCUAAAUAUUUUAGUGGAGAUGUAUUAUUCUCAAUUGUUUGUCCUGUUUACCAAACUGUGAAAGUCUUUGCCAGCUAUCAAACUUCGAACGCUUCUGUUUCCUGUUUAUUGUCCGAGAAUAAUCGUUCUCCACACACUUAAAAAUGAACCAGGACGUUAGACUCGUACAACAUACAAGAAAAGUCCCCUUUGGGAUUCGCUUUUUCCAGUGGCUGGGAAAAGACAGAAAUAGGCUGUAUCGAGGGCAUGUUCUUCUUUUGACCUUUUUUACCUACAUGACUUACCACCUUUCCAGGAAGCCAAUUAGUAUUGUCAAGGGGUCAUUAAACGUAAACUGUACUGAUAGAGACGUACACUCUGUGCUUGGUCUAUUUCACCCACGCUUCAAAAAAAGUUUAAGUAAUGCGACAAACUCUUCAGUUCUACAAAUGACAUUAACUACUUCCUGUUCAGCUUGGGCUCCUUUUGAUGGUCCAAGUGGCAAGGAACUGCUUGGUGCUUUGGAUCUUGGGUUUUUGUUUGCAUAUGCUCUGGGUAUGUUUGUAAGUGGGUAUGUUGCAGAGCACAUGGACCUCAGGUAUUUCUUGACGGUUGGCAUGUUUACAUCUGGCAUAUUUACUAUCUUAUUUGGAAUGGGUUUUUUUUGGAAGAUUCACAGCCUUGCAUAUUUCCUUACUGUUCAGAUUUUUGCAGGAUUUUUUCAAGCCUCAGGGUGGCCCAGUGUUGUGGAGUGUGUUGGUAACUGGUUUGGUAAAGGAAGACGAGGCCUUAUCAUGGGAAUAUGGAAUUCUCAUACCUCUUUUGGCAACAUCAUUGGUUCUGCUUUAGCAGGCAUUUGGGCUGAUGACAAAUGGGGCUAUUCAUUCAUUGUUCCUGGUCUUAUUAUUAUGGGAAUGGGCAUCAUUGUCUUUUUAUUUCUAAUAGUAGAUCCUUCACAUGUUGGAUGUAAUCCUCCAAAACAUCACAUAGAGAGUAAUAAAAUUAUCGCAUAUGUCAAUGAUGUUGAGGAUCCAGAGACAGCAGGACUGCUAUCUUCUUGUCCUGAAGGAACAUAUGCUAAUUCUGAAUCAUUAGUUGUGAAAAAAAGUGAGCAUGGUGCAGAUGCUGAGGCUAUUGGCUUUUGUAAAGCUCUGCUCAUUCCUGGGGUUGUGGAAUAUUCUCUCUGCCUUUUCUUUGCCAAGUUGGUUAGUUACACAUUCCUAUUUUGGUUACCAUUCUACUUAGAGAACACAGAUAUUGGUGGUAAAACCUAUGGCCCAGAAAAGUCAGCUGACCUGUCUACAUUUUUUGACUUUGGUGGAAUAUUAGGUGGUAUAUUUGCUGGUGUAGUAUCAGACAAGACAAAUUGUUGUGGUAUUACAGUGGUUGUAAUGCUGUUGCUAGGUGGGCCCAUGCUUUUUAUCUACAGAUUUUUUGCAAAUUCUAGUUUGUCACUCAAUAUUGGUUUAAUGUUUAUGUCUGGAGUGCUUGUGAAUGGACCAUAUGCUCUCAUCACUACUGCCGUCUCUGCUAAUUUGGGUACUCAUGAGUGUUUGAGGGGUGAUACUAAAGCCAUGGCAACAGUGACAGCUAUCAUAGAUGGAACAGGUUCAUUUGGUGCAGCACUUGGUCCCCUCCUGACUGGUAUUAUAUCCUCCACGGGAUGGAAUAAUGUCUACUAUAUGCUGAUUUCUGCUGAUUUUUUUGCUGCUGUUUUUCUUUCACGUCAAGUUUGGUUUGAGCUCAAGACAAUUUUUCUUUCUCUUCAAAACAGAAGAGCAAGCCGACCUUUUCGUGUAUCUGUGGCUGAGUCUGCUUUCCACGCUGGUGUACCAAGAUAAACUUAGCAGAUAUUUCAAGCACCUAUUAUUUUUAUGAUGAAUCUUAAUUACAAAACUACUAGUCUUAUAGGGAAGAAGUAUAAAAAAAUUUUAAAAGGACUUUUUAAAACUUCUUCGUAAAUUAUUUAAAGAAAUGAAAGGAAGUCCAUGAUAUAGUGAUUAUUUAUACCAUAAGCAUCUUCUAAAUUCGGCCUGGCUAUGUCAGGAAGGUUGGCGAAGAUUUUGUUGCCUACAAAGCCUGAAAUGCAUUGGAGCUCACAUGUAAAUUAUGCAAAAAAGAGCAAACGAGGUUUGGUAAAAUAUUGUGGUUACCUUUUCGCUCUGGUUUUCCAUUAUUUACUUCGCCCAUAGUGUAUUUCGGGGUUGUUAUGCAGCAUGUAACAAGCAAAAACACGUUCACCAACUUCUUUUGAAAUAGCUGUAUAAAGCUGUUAAGUUAAUUCAAACGAAAAACGACUUCCGGGUCCAAAAUGAAAACUUCCCGAAACUUACUUCUACAGACAUUUUUCUGGUUUUUUUCUUCAUAGCAGGAUUUUCUAUUAAUAUGCUAUGGAAAUCACUAGAGUGGUAUGUAAUGCACGUCUUACGGCCGUAGAUUUAUGUGCCACGUAAUGAGAUUUUUGUGUACCACGUAAGGAUAAAACUGUCUUGAGUGAGUGGCCGUAGCGCUUGUUGCAGUCAUAAAAAGAAAUACCGGUCUUGUCGAAAAUCUUCAGUUUGAACGGAUCAACUUAGUGCAUGUAGUCCAGAUAAUUGUGGCAAUAGUUCAAGUUUGCAUUAGUAAAUUUAUCUGUAGCGUUUCUGCUUGAUCAUCCGCUUUGAAGCCCAUUUUUUCUAUCGAACGCUACUACAACCGCAUGCUAUCAAGCAUGAGUACACGUGGUACCAAAAUAGAUCUAUCACCGCGAGACGUUUUACAACUCUAGCGAUUUUCAUAGUAUCUGAUUGUUGAAGAUAGUUAAUAAUUCCUGGGAAUAAUUUGUGGCAAGAUUUUAGCGAUCUUUUGUGUGAUUGGACCCCAAAAUACGUCACAGCUUAAAAGCCCUAUGUUGAUAGCUUUGUCCGUAAUUCACGUAAAACCACUUCAAGUUAUCAACACAAGACAUGUUAUUACACUGUGCCGUUUGUUUGUUUUUUGGAUCUCUAGGUAAACUUAAAUUUCAUAAAUCAUUUUACAUUCCAUGCUAUCGAUUGAUUUUUUUUUUCCCGUAGUUCUUAGAAAAGUUUGGGUUUUAAUUUUCUUUUUAAAAAUGUUUGUAUUGAGUAAACGUUGCCAGCUUUGGCCAGUUGAUUUUAGUUAUGGAAUCAUCAUUUCGUAAAACUGGUUUCCGAAAAUAAACACUCUUUAUUAUGAAAUAUA